CUUCCCUGGAGAGAUAUGGUUCUCCACCACCACUUCAUGUAUUACCUUUUUAAAAGUGCAUGUGAUUGAAAUGGUUUUGUUUUUCUUUUGUUUUUAAGAGGGACUCAUGAGGGCAAAUGAAUUGUUGAAGGACUAUUUCCACAAAGAAGCUGAUGUCACUCUGGACCUUGACACAGCUCAUCCUAGGCUUGAAGUUUCUGAAGGAGGGAAGUGUGUGAGGGACACGGGAGCUGUUAGAAAUGUGCCAAACAAUGAGAAGAGAUUUGACUCCCAGAUGUUUGUGCUGGCAUCUGAAGGUUUUGAAUCUGGAAAACAUUACUGGGAAGUGGACAUUGGGAAGAAAAGUAACUGGGAAUUGGGGGUGGCCCGUGAAGAUGUGUCUAGAAAAGGGAAGAUCACUCUGUCCCCAAAGAAUGGCUACUGGGUCAUAGGGUUAACAGAUGGGAAAGAUUAUUGGGCUCGCACAGAUCCCUGGACCCGUUUAACAGUGAGUGGAAAACCAAGUAAGAUUGGGAUGUUCCUGGACAUGUCAGCAGGAAAGUUGUCAUUUUACAAUGUUGACAGCAAAUUUGUUUUUUACACUUUUACUGAUAACUUUGAAGAGAAACUUUAUCCCUUCUUCUCUACAGGCUCUGCUGUUACAAGAGACACUGAGCCACUGAAAAUCUCCUCUGGUUUUGAAAAACAGUAGAUUCUCUAAGACAGGUCGAGUGAAAUCUAAACCCAGCAAUCAAACAGUAACAUUUGGGGGCUGACUACUCUUCACUUACCUGUUUGCUCUACCUUGACACCUUCUGUAUUCUCUCAGAUGGUGCCAACUGCUCUUGGGAAAUUCUCUCUAGGCUAGGUCCCAGUUUUAUCCUAACUGGUCUCCCUCUAUUCAUCUCCAGGGCCGGCUCCAGGCACCAGCGGAGGAAGCACAUGCCUGGGGUGGCUCAUGCUAAGGGGCGGC